GUGGUGGUGGUGGAGCUGCUGCGCACGGUGUCCCUUCAGCUGUUUCGACGAAGUACCUGGUGCGCCGCCGUGUCCCGUCGGCUGAGUAUAACCAGCAAAAGGACGCUGCGGCAAGGUUCUGGGGUCCUCCUGAUCUCGAAAGUCUCACUGCUGUGGCCCCAAAAAGCCAGAUCUUCUCAGAGGAUGCAGCUGGGCCUGUAAAAAACGCUGGAGACCCCGUUCCCUUUUUGUGGCAGCGUGAAAUUUCAUUCGCUUCCCCUGGCAAAGUGGACACUGGAGCGAUUGGGGCAGCCUUCUUGCAAUCGAUCCGUGGGAAGCUACAAACUCAAGGCAGAGCGGAUGGGGAUGACACCAAAAAAAAGGUGGUGUACUACGAGAUCGCAAAGUUCGUUUCGUAUGGUCUGUCCUCCUCGGAUAGUUCAGGAGCGCGCGGGACUUUAUUCAAGGCGAUGCAGAAACACACGAGGGACUACCGUACUGCCCUGGCAUCGAACGCAGCUCAGUCGCAGACUCCCGCUGUGGAUCCUCUGACACUUAUGAAGUCCGUGACUGAACUACAGUUCUCACCAGUAUCAGCGGCACCGCUGCGGGGAACAUCUGCAAAUGAAAAACCAAAAGGGAAAGCAAAAGCGCAUGGCGCUGCCCGUCAAAAUGAACAAGCGCGAGAGCAGCGGCAGAGCGCUUUAGUACUCGAAAAAGAAAAGGCGCCGCAAGUAGAUGCGCGGCGUAUGGUUUCGCGGUCCCUAGGAUUGAUGGAGAUUUCUCGAGGAACGAAGCUGCCGCCUCUCUUCACCCUAAACCUAGUUCUGAACGCGCAUUUGCCAUGGUACCUCAGUCGGGGCGUUGUGCCGCUUGACCGCUCCGGCUUCUACCUACGUGACGUCGGCUACCAGACGCACUCUCUGUUACAAAAAUUACGGCUACAAGACGUCCAUCUUCUCCCGCAUCUUUGUCCCGUUUUUAGAGGGAAAAGGGGGUCCAAGAUGUUGCUGGAGACCAGAUGGGUUCCCUUCAGUUCUAAAAAAAGCAGUACUCUCGUCGGGGCUACUAGUCGAGCAAGAGGAUGGCCUCGCUCAAGGUGGGGGAGGAGGAACAG